AGUUCCCAGGAGGCAUCUCGAGAGAGUCUAUGCACUCGGCUGAGUCUCUUCGCCACGAGGUAAGCUGGGAAAUGUAGUGCUCCAAGCAACCCCGCACGUGACGCGUCGGAGUAGGCGAGAGGAACACCAAAUCCUGGGUCCUAGGAGUUAAGAGCAGCCGGAAUGGGAUGCCGAGCUUCAGUUUGAACGGGGUUCGGAGCCAAAAGGGUUAAAACCAGCGACUCCCCCAUUUCCCGCCUCCCUAAAACGUCCAUCCCGCUAGCCAUGAGCAGCCGGGAUCACCUGUUCAAAGUGCUGGUGGUGGGGGACGCCGCAGUGGGCAAGACGUCCCUGGUGCAAAGAUAUUCCCAGGACAGCUUCAGCAAACACUACAAGUCCACAGUGGGAGUGGAUUUCGCUCUGAAGGUUCUCCAGUGGUCUGACUCAGAGAUGGUGCGGCUCCAGCUGUGGGAUAUUGCAGGGCAGGAGCGUUUCACAUCUAUGACACGGCUAUACUAUCGGGAUGCCUCUGCGUGUGUGAUUAUGUUUGAUGUUACCAAUGCCACUACUUUCAGUAACAGCCAGAGAUGGAAACAGGACCUGGACAGCAAGCUCACACUGCCCAAUGGAGAGCCUGUGCCUUGCCUGCUCUUGGCCAACAAGUGUGACCUGUCCCCUUGGGCCGUGAGCCGAGACCAGGUGGACCGGUUCAGUAAAGAGAACGGUUUCAUAGGUUGGACAGAAACAUCAGUCAAGGAAAACAAAAAUAUUAAUGAGGCCAUGAGAGUCCUCAUUGAAAAGAUGAUGAACAAUUCCAGAGAAGAUAUGUCUUUGUCCACCCAAGGGGACUACAUCAACCUACAAACCAAGCCCUCGUCUAGCUGGGCCUGCUGCUAGUAGUGUUUCUUUCCAUUCUAAGAGGUCUUUCCAUCUCUUCCCUUUGGUUGCCCACCCAGCAAUUUUAUUAAGCACAUUGAAUUGCCUCCUGCUAACUAUCUAGUAAGGAGGGCCAUCAUCACUGAGAAAAGACACCCGGGACCCAUAUGCAUUUCUGCAUCUCCUGCAACUUGGUUCUCACUUGCUGCUGGCUUGUGUGGCCCAGUUAGUGUCUUCUGUAUAAGAAUGAUCAUCUCAUCACUGAAUUUGUAGUCUGGAUUUUGUGGGAAGGAUUAGAAAUCAGUAUCUGUGCUUUAAGGAUCAUAAUUGUCAGCUGCUUUUGAGCUUAGUUUUCCAUCUGAUAUAUGUUGAUAUCUCAAUCUUGACUUCAGUUGAGGUGCAAAUGAGAUCAAAGGUCAUUCCUUAAAUUCUUUGUUGGUCUUGGCUUUCAUAUUCUUUCUGUCUUGGACUUUGAAUUUAAACAUCUGAUUCUGAGAUUCAGGAGUGACACUGAAUGUCUUUGGGUUUGGGGCUACUGGAGGUGGCCCAAAAGUCACUGUAUUUUUGAAGCUUCUAAAGUCAUAAUUAGCUUUCUCUUGUCUUGGUCUCAAGAAUAGUCAAGAUUUUGAACUAUCUAUUUUGUGUGGUGAGAGAGUUUCUUUCCCCAAAGAAAUUAAUUUUCAUAUUGGGGUUUUCUAAGUAUCCCUACCAUUGGGACAGGGGUGGCGUUUCAGGUUUCUGGGUUGAUGCCUUGAUGCAUAAUGCUGCAAGUGACAUCAGUUGGCUGUGGUGCCCAGUUGUCUGUUCCUCACAGCUCUAGAACCUGAAUAGGAGAAGAAGGAGAGGUUAAUAAAACAAAACCCUGUGGGGCAACUGAGUGUUAAGUGGCUAGCACUUAACAGCCAUAGGAAACAAAUACUAUGUAUAGACCUUGGCCUGAGCAUGGGAGUAGAUAGACAGAAAAUCAUUAGGUUAGUUAAGUGCUAAAUUGGGUAGGGUUUUAUCAGAUCACUUCUAGACAGUUUAAUUUGUUGGAUUUUCACAGGGUGGCGAUUUAUAACCUACCCAAAGUUAUGAAUAUUCGUAGUGAACCCAGAGGCCUAGAAUUCUUUGAGAAACACUGAUCUAAAUAAGUAUUCUAAGUCGGUGGUUCCCAAGUGUGAUUAAUCAGAGCCACCUGAGAAGUUUGUUAAAAAUUUUAAAAAUGUUUUAAGAUUUCUGGGUCCCAACCUCAAACCUACUGAGUCAAAAUUUCCAGGGAUGAAGCCUGGGAAUUGGUUGUUUUUCAAAGCUUCCCAGGUGAUUUUGAUCAGCUUGGUUUGGAAACCAUUGCUGGAGAACUUAGUAAAGAUGCAGAGACCCAGGCCUGGGCUUCUGUGGGCUCCAUUAGCUCUCCAGGUGAUUCUCAUGCUCACCAGACUUUGAAAAUGGCCAUCCUUAGAGGGAGGUCAGAGGCUAAAUACCAGAAAGAGAAUGGGAGCCAAACCUUCAGUAGUUGGUUGGUUGGUUGGUUUUUAAUGCCAAUUAUUAUAGCUUUUGCACAACUUUUUGAGACCUCGAAGUUCUUUUGUAGUACCCUUUUCACAUAGGAUUUUUCUUACAGUGAUUCUGAAGAUAAUAGUGGAGUAACAAAUUCUCUUUAUGUGAGAAGAAAAUUGAACCCCCACAAAAUCACAAAUAAAUGGGAAUUAAGUCUUGUA